AAAUUUAAGCGACACAAUGGCUUAUGCACAAACUCCUAAGAAGACGGGGCUCCCUCGAGAAGUUCUGAAAUGGUUGCAAAGUCUUGAUUUAUCCUUUUCUCCAAAGAAUGUACGCAGAGACUUUUCCAAUGGCUACCUUGUAGCUGAGAUUUUUUCUUGGUACUAUCCUGAGGAUUUCACCAUGCACUCGUAUGACAACGGGACAUCACUGGCCGCCAAACUCAGCAACUGGGCCCAGAUAGAACGGUUUUUCACGAGACAACACAUCCCUUUGCCAAAGGAGGUCAUAGAUGGCACCAUUCACUGCAAGCCAGGGGCUGCAGAGCUUCUGGUGCAGGAGAUCUACAGUAUCUUGACCCACAGGCGGUUGAAGACGUGGCUCGGGGGAGAUGUCGACUUCUCUGACCGUGGCUACCAGGUGCAGCUUCCUAUGGUGGCGCGCUCCACAGCCUCCAAGGCCAUCAAGAACAACCUGCAACAGUCAGAGAUGGUAGCUGAGCCCAACAUUAACACCAUCCAGGGCAAGAUCCAGGCCAUUGUACAGCGCCACCUAGAGGACAGGAGACUGGAACGCUUACAGGAUCCGAAACGUUUCGGUGUGAAGCCCACCCUGGGGGAGCGUGCGGCUUGCCUAUCCACCUCGUCCAGCCGGUCCACACAGGGUCCAGAUUCCCCCUUCAUCUCACAGCCUGACUCGAGAGGCUCGUUGAUCAGGAGCAGAACCAGUGUCCACUUCAAGGAGAUGGACAGGACUCUGUCCUACUAAAGAUGGCCGCUGAGUGCUAACUUGAUCCCAGUGAGUGAAGCGAUGAAACAAGCUCAGUCUAAUAAAACUCUAACAGAACCACCAUGUCAGUAGCACUCAUAAUAACUACAAAUGGUUUCAUAAUUGAAUCUUAGAAUUAUGUUACAUAUAUUAUUUUAAUUUUUUUUGUGAUCUUAUUACAUAUUAUAUUGAUAAUGGGAAUCUUGGUAGUAAUAUGGUAAUAGUAAAGUUAAUAUUAAAGUUGAAAGCUAGCUUGAAGUUAGUGUUAAAUUAAAAGUUAAACAUUUGAGCAUUUGUUUUGCCUCCCUGUGUCAGCCAGUGUAAGAAUAGGUUGGCCAAGAGAGGUGGUUAUUGGUUAGGCCUUCUGUACAACAAGUAUCUCUUGAUAUUGAUUGGCUGAGAGAUGAUAUUUGGGUCCUUAACCACAACCAGACAGAUUAUGACAAGCAGAUGAAUCGUCUUCUCUACUCCUCAGUCGUCCAGCAGGUGGCAGCAUUUCCUCCUAUUUAGUACCUUACCACGGCUAGAGUGGUGACAAAAACACCCAACCCAUUUUACCGUGUGCGUGUAAAUAUCAAUUUAAUCACCACAGUACCAUACACAUGACAACGAGUCAUGAAUAAAAUGUAGGCUGUGAUAACUAAAGGAUUUUACAGAUAUGAAAGCUAGUAUGUUGUGUCUAGUUUCUUCAAACUAUAGGUUGGAUUUUUAUCACUACAUGUCUAAUAAAAUACAAAUAUUUA